CAGGACCAGGACCAGGACCAGGACCAGGACCAGGACCAGGAGCGGGACCAAGAGCAGGAGCAAAUAGAGAAAACGCAAUUGGACCCGUCAAUCAAAGAAAUGUAUGCAACUGAACCAUUGGGAUCGCAGUCUCGAUUAUGGACGGACAAGGAGCUGGAGAUGCUGAAUAAAGGAGUUCAGGAGCAUGGACAGAAUUGGGCAACAAUUCGGGAUGCUCUCUUACCACAUCGAACAAUUCAGAUGCUACAUGAGCGUUAUUGGCGGAGCCAGACUAAGAAGACUGGUCGAUUUACGGAGCAGGAGAGGAGUCUGCUCGAGACAGCGAUCGAGACAUUUGGCGAGAAUGUCGAUUGGGGCUUGAUCGCAAGCCAAGUUCCUGGCAGGACAGCAAGGCAAUGCCGACAAAACUGGAACUACAGUCAGACACAUUAUGUCCAAAAGCUGGACGAGCCCUGGACAGAACAGGACAGAGAGCGGCUAAGGAGCGCAGUGGGCCGGUUCGGAACCAAGAAGUGGACGAUGAUCUCUGAGUUCGUGGUCGGAAAGACGCCAGAUCAAUGCAGGAACGAAUGGCGAGAAAAACUGGAUCCGAGCGUCAAGAGAGGUCGGUGGUCUGGCAAGGAACUGGAUCUACUGAUGGAGCGUGUCCAGACGAUCAUGAGUCGUAAGGAGGAAGAAGAGCGUGCGCGUGUUGCUGAAGCCAGAGCUGAGAAGGAUAAAGAGGGAGAAGAGACAGGCGGCAGUAGUAAUGGGUUCGUCGACCUUGCGCCGAGGUUUAAAGGCAAACGGAGGGUUAACUGGAAGGAGGUGGCCAAGGGAAUGGAUGGUCGUACGCCCGAGCAGUGCAGACUGCACUUUGCGGUUCACCGUAGACUGUAUCGCAUCCAAGGCGAUUAUUAGAGAAUUAGAGAGACGCGCUGUAAUUGGGCGUAUUCUUGAAAAAUAAAAUGUGC